GCCACUGAGCAACAGGUGCCUGAGCAGAGAGCAGCAAGUGUGCCAGCAGGAGCUGCGGGCAGCAUUGGAAGAUGUGGAAAGCAGCUGUGGGCCACGACGUGUCGGUGAAAGUUGAGGCUCAGGGAGACGACUGGGACACAGACCCUGACUUCGUGAACGACCUCUCGGAGAAGGAGCAGCGCUGGGGAGCCAAAACCAUCGCGGGCUCCGGACGGGCCGAGCACAUCGACAUCCAUCAGCUGAGGAGCAAGGUGUCAGAGGAACAUGAGGUGAUCAAGAAGAAGGAGCUGGAGACUGGCCCCAAGGCCUCCUAUGGCUACGGGGGCAAGUUUGGCACAGAGCGGGACCGGAUGGAUAAGUGUGCCGUGGGCCAUGAGUACGUAGCUGAUGUUGGGAAGCACUCCUCACAGACUGACGCAGCCCAGGGCUUCGGGGGGAAGUUCGGAGUCCAGCGGGACCGAGCUGACAAGUCAGCUCUGGGCUUUGAAUACAAGGGUGAGGUGGAGAAACACUCAUCCCAGAAAGAUUACUCCAAGGGCUUUGGUGGCCGUUACGGUGUGGAGAGGGACAAGGUGGACAAAGCAGCUGUGGGAUUUGACUACAAGAGCCAGGCAGAGAAGCACCACUCUCAGAAAGACUACACUGUGGGCUUUGGAGGGAAGUUUGGAGUCCAGAGGGAUCGUCAGGACAAGAGUGCCCUUGGCUGGGACCAUCAGGAGGAAAUCCAACCCCACGCUUCCCAGACAGAUUAUGCCAAGGGAUUUGGAGGUCGUUAUGGGGUCCAGAAGGACAGGGUGGAUAAGAGCGCUGCAGGCUUUCAUGAGAUGGCAGCUCCCACCUCCUCCUAUGAGAAGACAAGACCACAGGAGGCAGGAGCUUCUGGUGGCACCGGCAGCCUGCGGUCGCGCUUUGAAAGCAUGGCAAAGGCAGCAGAGGAGGAGAGCAGGAGGCAGGCCCAGGAGCAGAGGCUGAGGCGCCAGGCAGCUCCACCACAGCAGGAUAUCCCACAGAGAGAGAAGAACCACACUGCAGCAGCUGUGCCAGCAGCACCAGCUGUGCCAGCUGCACCAGCUGUGCCAGCAGCACCAACUGUGCCAGCAAGGGUGCCCAGGAGUGCUGCCCAAGACAGGCCUGUGUCACAAGAACAGGUACCAAGGUGGGCUGGGGACAGCCAGGACAGGGAGCAGGAGAGAGAAUGGCACCUGAGGGGCUCCACAGGAGAGCUGUCUGCAGUGGGACAUCUGCAGGUGGCUUUCCUGUCACUUCUCACUUCGUGGCAGGAGGCCAAAGGGGAGGAUGAGGAAACGCCACCUGUUUUGCCACCAAGACCAGCAGAUCUGGGCGAGGAGCUGUGCCAGGAUCAGCCCAUCUACAGUGAGAGUUUGGAUGUUGGUGCAGACUAUGAGGAGCUGAUAGAGCCCUCUGACUACUGUGAUGGUACCAGUGGAGGUGCUGACUAUGAGGAGCUGCCAGCACCCUUGGAAAAGCCAGAUGCCAUCUAUGAUGAAGGAGGAGAUGGAGGUGAAGACUAUGAGGAGAUCCUCCCCACAAAGCUCAGCCAGAGCCAGCCCUACCUGGAGGACACAGACAAUGUUUAUGAGGUGGAGGGCUCUGGGACCUGUGCAGUGGCUCUCUAUGAUUUCCAAGGAGAUGGAGAUGAUGAGAUCUCUUUUGAUCCUGAUGACACCAUCACACACAUUGAGAUGGUGGAUGAAGGCUGGUGGAGGGGACAAUGCCGGGGCAGAGUAGGCCUCUUCCCAGCCAAUUAUGUGAAGCUUCUUCAGUGAAACCAGCAUUGUCCAAGCUGCUGCCAUCCAAACCUUUGCCUCUCUGCUUCAGCCUUUUGUGUGUUACUGGCUUCCUUUGGCUCAUCCUGGCAUGCCUACAUGGCAAGAAAUUACA